AUGCUUCCGCAUUUGGCAACGCCCGCGGAGCCCGCACGUGAAGCAGGCAUCGUCAGUUUUGUCGCCCUGUCGCCCUGUCGCCUUGUCGCCGCCAAGCUCGAAUUCCCUCUGCUGCGCGACAUGUUCAGGACAGCGGCGCGUGGCUUUGCCGCUUCAGCAUGGCGGAGCGCUGAAAGCAUCGGCCAGAUACAGUCAGAUGCGGUGCACCAAACUGCUGUGAACAUCUCCAAAGCCCAAGGCAUUGGACAGCGGGGCUUCAUCGAUGCCAUUGGCAAGACCCCGCUCAUCCGCCUCAAGAGGCUCUCUGAAGAAACCGGCUGCAACGUCCUCGGCAAGGCUGAAUUUCAGAACCCCGGUGGCUCCGUCAAGGAUCGCGCCGCUCUCUUCGUCGUCGAGAAUGCCGAACGCCUGGGCCUUAUCAAGCCCGGCGGUACCGUCAUCGAAGGCACAGCUGGCAACACUGGUAUCGGUCUGGCGCAUGUCUGCCGGUCAAAGGGCUACAAAUUGGUCAUCUACAUGCCAAAUACACAGUCGCAGGGCAAAAUUGAUUUGCUACGCCUCUUGGGGGCCGAGGUGUACCCAGUGCCCGCCGUGGCAUUCGACAAUCCAGAAAACUACAAUCACCAGGCUAAACGACACGCGGACCGCUUAGACAACGCCGUAUGGACGAACCAGUUCGACAACGUGGCGAACCGACAGGCACAUAUCGAGACUACUGGACCCGAGAUCUGGUAUCAGACCGCCGGCAAGAUUGACGCCUUCACUUGCGCCACAGGCACCGGUGGUUCGUUGGCCGGUGUCACACGAUAUCUCAAGGAGAAGAGUGACGGAAGAGUGAAGAGCUUCUUGGCAGAUCCUCCAGGCUCAGUGCUACAUUCAUACAUACAGAGCGGCGGCAAGCUUGCGGAGAGGCAAGGAGGCUCGAUAACAGAAGGAAUCGGCCAGGGCCGAGUGACAGACAAUCUGAAGCCCGACAUCGACCUGCUAGAUGGCUCAGUCCACAUUAGCGAUGAGAAGACCAUUGAGAUGGUAUACAGAUGCUUAGACGAGGAGGGUUUGUAUCUUGGUGCUAGCUCAUGCUUGAACGUCGUUGCGGCAAAGGAGGUGGCAGAGAAGAUGGGCAAGGGCAGCACAGUCGUCACGCUACUUUGCGAUGGCGCAUACCGCUACGCUGACCGUCUAUUCUCCAAGAAAUGGUUAGAGUCGAAGAAGCUGUAUGGCGCGAUACCCGAACAUUUGCGAAAGUACAUAGUCCUCGAGUAG